AUGUCCCUCUUGCGCGAGGCGGAGAGAUGUAUAGCUAAUCAGGGCUCCCAUGCCACCUUAAACGCUUUGAUCACGACCCUACAGCACUUAGGCCCAUGGCUGGAACGAGUGAGGGAUGCAGAUACUCGUCGUACACAGGGUACAUCUAAGUCGGCGGUAGAUGGUCGUUUGAUCGCCAUCAAGGACAACAUAUGCACGCGCGAUCUCCCAACAACAUGUGCUUCCAACGCCCUGGACAAAUUCACAAGUCCGUUCAAUGCCACGGCAGUGCAACAAUUAGAAGAGGCUGGGGCCAUUGUGGCUGGGAAAUCAAACCUUGAUGAGUUCGGAAUGGGCUCCCAUUCCAUCAAUUCAAGGUUUGGGCCUGUCAGGAGUUUGCGCCGCAACCGUGAUGGAGAAAGUCUUUCGGCCGGCGGUAGUUCUGGCGGGAGUGCUGUUGCUGUUGCGACAGCCCAAUGCUAUGCGGCAUUGGGGACUGAUACGGGCGGCUCGGUCCGGCUUCCGGCUGCCUAUACGGGCACGGUUGGCUUCAAGCCUUCCUACGGACUGAUCUCUCGCUGGGGCGUGGUUGCAUAUGCUAACUCAUUGGACACGGUUGGCAUAAUCGGCAAGGAUGUUUCCAGUGUUCGGGAGGUCUUUGGCGUCGUGAAUCGGCCGGAUUCGCGUGAUCCGACCAGUCUUUCGUCCUUCACUCGGUCACGGAUUGACUCGCAUCUGAGAUCGCCUGCUCUUGCAGCUCGGGCAACUUCGCCUCUGAAGAUCGGCGUCCCACUAGAGUACAACAUAUCCGAACUGUCCCCUUCCGUGCUUCGGGCAUGGUCACGCUCUUUGGCCUAUAUGCGGCGACAGGGCCAUACUAUUCACCCGGUGUCCCUGCCAACAACCACACUUGCCUUAUCAGCUUAUUAUGUACUUGCACCCGCUGAAGCCUCCUCGAACCUGGCCAAAUAUGAUGGUGUCAGGUACGGAACUCGCUCUGAAGGCCCCAAUAGUGCUACGUUCCCUAGCGGUUAUCUGUAUGCGAGCACACGAGGGGUAGGGUUUGGAUCUGAAGUCAAGAGGCGUAUUUUGCUUGGUGCCUUCAGCCUCAGUGCCGAUGCUAUGGACAACUAUUUCAUCCAGGCACAACGAGUCCGUCGUCUUGUCCAGCAUGACUUCGAUGCCGUCUUCCGAGCACACCAACCCAUAGCCUCUGGGCAGCCAGAAACGAACACGAAUCCUGAAAAAGACGCAGUGGAUGUCCUUAUUUGCCCUACCGCUCCCUCUUCACCGCCACGCAUCUCAAGUCUUAUGGAUCAUAAUCCAAGAGCAUCACCCCUGGAUGCAUAUAUGAACGACGUUUUCACCGUGCCUGCCAGUCUGGCGGGUCUUCCAGCCAUAUCUGUCCCGGUCACUGUGGAGAGCACUAUUGAUUCCAGAGAUGCCGAUUUAGCUGGAAUUCAGGUCAUUGGCCAGUAUGGUGAUGACAGCCUUGUGUUAAAGGUCGCCGAACUGCUGGAUGGCAGACAUCUGUAAAAGUUUUGUUCUCAUAUUACGCGAAUACCCAAGACGCUACUGUACAAUUUAAAGAAUCAUAUCGUC